AUGUUAUCGAAGACAUUAAACCUAACCACAAUACUACUGUCCCUAUAUCUCAAUGUUUCACUUGGUUAUCACAAAGAGUUGAAUCAUGCUUUGGUGGCCAGAACAUUGGUACAUCAAACCAAUUGGGCUGCCAUUGGUAGUAUUUCAACACUACCCGAUCUAAAACACUAUCCCAUGGUCAAUGUUGUUUCCAUUAAUGACGUAAAUGCUCAGCAUCAGUCAACAGGACGCAUUCAAUUCCUUUUGACCAAUGUAGACUAUACGGGUCAAGAUGUGGAGGAAAAUAAUAAAGUCACCCUACUCUUCAGCGAUGAACAACUGCUGCAUUGUUCGCUACAAAAUAUAGAUCCUUUGGAACCGAUAUGUGCUCGUGCCAUUAUAAGUGGUGAAGUUAAAUGGCUGGAUCAAAAUGACAAGUACUAUCUGGAUUCCUUGGGUUCAUUUUUUGAACGCCAUCCCGCUUCCAAGAGAUGGUUACAUUAUCACAACUUUUAUUUGUGUGAAUUGGAGAUUACGAAUAUUGCCGUUGUCGACUACUAUGGAGGUGUUCACAAUGUCAAACCCAGUGACUACUACAAUAUCCUAUUGAAUGAUAAAGUUAUUCUAAAUAACCAUUGA